GGUGAAGCAGGUCUGCCUGGCAAACCCGGAGACAGGGGCCCCCGGGGCGUGGAGGGCCCCCGCGGUCCCCCCGGUGCACGGGGUGACCCUGGGGACCGAGGACUGCCAGGAGAGAAGGGGGACCGCGGCCCACCGGGGCUGGAUGGCCGCACCGGGUUGGAAGGCAAACCUGGACCCCCGGGUGCUGCCGGGCUGCGGGGGCUGCCCGGGCUGCGUGGGGAGCAGGGACCACCUGGCCCCGUGGGCCCCCUGGGACCACCCGGUGUCCCGGGCAAACCAGGCGAUGACGGCAAACCCGGCCUCAGCGGCAAGAACGGAGAAGACGGGACCCCAGGAGAGGACGGGAGAAAGGGCCACAGUGGUCCCAAGGGCGAGCAGGGAGACAGGGGUCUGCCAGGCCCCCUCGGCCCACCUGGUCUCCCUGGCAUCCCAGGACAGGUCGGUCCCCCAGGCCAGGGCUCACCGGGCCUCCGUGGAGUGUCUGGACCAAAGGGGGACCCAGGGGAGCCUGGUCUGCAAGGGGAGCCGAACAUUGAACGCAGCCUAGAAGCACUUGGCAUCAAG